CUACCUAAAACGCGCUUUAGCUUAUCCUAUUUAUUUAUUUAUAUACAUGUAAAUGUAAAUAACCUAUCAUUGCUUCUCAAAGAAAAAAAUAAUACCAAUAGCAACAACUUCUUUAUCCUAAGUUCAUAACUAACCAUGAGUCUCAGUAUCAAUCACCAACAAGCUCCUGUGACUGCAUAUCCAGCAGUAAGUAAUGAGGGCAAGCAUGCACCACCACCACCAGUGGGUUAUCCAACCAAGGAUGGCCCUGCAACCCAACAACAAACUCUUCCUGUGGUAACCACUGCCAGGGGUGACGGCUUCUGGAAGGGAUGUUGUGCUGGAUUAUGUUGCUGCUGUGCCCUGGACUGUUGCCUCUGAUGAUUGAAAUUUCACUGCACUAUUGCAGAUAUAGAAGAUUUAUGUUUCUGUUUUCUUUUUUAUGUGAUUUUCGGCUCUUUGCCAAACGAUUCUUGUGCCUUGUCUAACAAGGAUCUAUUAUAUAUAUAAAUGGGCAGCACCUGUAAUUUGUUGAUCA